ACCCUGCUUCUUGAACUUCACAAUACCAAAGCCCGCAACUGGCUCGCGCUUCACAGCCCUACGAUACCUUGACUUGACUUUGACUUGGUCGACAUGGCGGAUACUCCUCUUCGGACUAGAAAGCGAGAUAAGUUCAAAAAGAAGCUGGGGCUCGAUUGGUCUGUGUGCCGAGAAACCCCUCAGCAGUCUCCUCAUAUCAGGGCCUCAAGUAAUGUAAGAUUACCUGCGAGUUCAGAUACUUCAAGCCCUGCGGCUGCGAAUGCUGUGAGCUCGAAUUCUGAUGCCGCGGGUUUGACUUCUUUGAAUACUGGGCUCCCAAAUACGACGGAUUCGCGUCCGAUUUCUGCAUCUCGAGAGACGUCGCCCGAUCCAGGAGGGGCACCGGGAUCUCCAUCCAACCAUCCCAGCAAUACUAUUUCUUCAGGGCCUGCAGUUCCCAUUCUUACACACCCUCAAAACAGCAGCCAAGACGCCAUGCCACCAAGCACGAGCAAACCUCCAACUCGGGAUCUGUGGGCAGACGCCCUCAAGAACCUCUCACCUGAUGACCGGGAAGCCAUACAGCGAUUUCAGCCCACCUCAAAUACUCAGCAGCCAUUGGCCGAGACGAUGGAAGAGUUGCUUCACAUGACCAGAGAAGUGCAAGCUAAGUGCAAAGCAAAGGUGUAUAAAAUUCCAUUCGGGGGAAAAGAUGUCAUCUUGAGAGAUGUUGCUGGAAAGAUGAUCUUCUGGUUAAACAAGUUCAAGGACAUCGGUGAUAUUGCUGUGAAUUUCGACCCCAUUCAUGCAAGCCUGCCAUGGGCUGGGGUCAGACUUUUGCUUCAGGCAGCGACUGCAGAGCACGAACAAAUGGGAGACCUAGUAUUUGCUUCCGAGAAGCUCUCCUGCUUGAUCAGUCGUGGAGCAAUAUAUGAACGACUGUACCAGCCUAGAACAAUACCUAAAGACAUCAUUGCCAACCUUCACCAUGCACUCAUUAGGCUUUAUGCUGCAAUACUUCGAAUGAUAGUAUUAUGUCAUAGAUUGUUUCUCAAAAAUACCGCCAAACGAGCGCUGCACGCUUUCUUCAAUCCCGGUGAUGUCAAGGCUGAGCUUGAAGAAAGCGAAAAGCUAGAGGCGCAAGUCGAAUACGAAGCCAAUAAUUGUGAGCGUGCGCGCAGUCAAGAAGCAGACGAAGAAAGCAAAAAGAUGCUCCACUUCCUACAGCAGCCUAUUCUUCGCACUGACGAGAACGUCUUGAGUCUCUUGGAAAAAGUGGGCGAAAAGGAACGACUGGAGGUUCUUGACUGGCUCUCAAAGGUGCUCUAUGGCAAGCAUCAUAAAACGGUAAAGGAAAGGCGCACGGCCAAUACAUGUGGAUGGCUUCUUGAUCACAGCCGAUACCAGAAGUGGCAAGAAGCAAGUGGAUCGAUAGUUCUCUGGCUGUGCGGCACGGGUGAGAUAAAAACCGCAAACUCUGCAUGGAUAUUGACUAAUCAUUCUUUUGAACUAGCGGGGACUGGCAAGACCUUUCUCACCUCAAGAGUUAUUGACGAAAUCCAAGCUGGCCUCCAAAGCAGCCCCAAUCAAGAAGGCUUCGCGUUCUUCUAUUGCAAUAGAAACGAAACAGAGCGUCGAGAGCCAUUAUCAAUGUUGAGAGCCUUUAUCCGGCAGCUAUCGACCAUCAACCACCAAUCGCACUCAAUCCAGAAGUGUAUCAAGGGUUUCUACAAUGAAUGUCGACUCAAGGCCUCCGAACCGACUAUGGGUGACUGCAAAGAGCUCCUGCUGGAACUAGUCAACAUAUACCCCCGCACCACUCUUGUCGUGGAUGCUCUUGAUGAAUGCGAGAAGCACAAACGUUUUGAAUUGAUCGAAACGCUUGACCAUCUUUUAGCCAAGGCUUCAAAUCCUGUCAAAAUAUUCGUUUCAAGUCGGCCAGAUGGUGAUAUAAGAGAGAGGUUGAAGGAUCGUGCUAAUAUCGAGAUCAAUGCAACAGAUAACCAAGACGAUAUCUCUAUAUUUGUUAACAGCGAGAUUGUCAAGCACAGAAGAUGGACGAAAAUGCCGGUAAAACUUAAAACUCGGAUUGUGGAGACACUACAGCAGCAGAGCCAGGGAAUGUUUCAAUGGGCUUUCUUGCAAAUCAAGCAGAUAUUGGAAUUGCAGCACCCUGGAGAGAUUGAGAAGCGAUUAGGCAAACUUCCUAAAGACCUCAAACUCGCAUACGAUGAGAUCUACAACGGGAUGACUGAAUAUGAAAAAGAGAUCGCAGAUCGCGCCUUUCAGUGGGUUAUGUGCGCCGCAAAACCUCUCUCUACACAAGAACUCCUUCCGGCAUUGUGUCAGGAUGGGACUGGCGAUACUCUCCUUCCCUUGGAUGGUCUUGAUGAGGAACUUGCGCUGGAAUACUGCCACAAUCUCCUAGUCAUCGACCCAACACGGAAAGUAUGGGUGCCAUCCCAUCUCUCCGUGAUUGAGUAUAUCGAGGACCACCUGUGGAGUCAACGCCAAGCCAACUCCCUGGUUUCUAGCGUCUGUCUGUUGGCGCUCCAAAACACAGUACUUUGUAAUCGAGAGGAAAAGUGGAUCAUGCCUGACAAUAUGAGAGGCUCCUUUGACUUUCUUUGGAAUUCUCUCUCAGAAAGGAAUUUUGACCCGAGCGAUCCACUUGAUCAUUGGGAGUUUAAUUUUCUUAGCUAUUAUGCCAGACAUCACUGGACAAUUCACGCAAAGAAAAGUGCUGAAAGGGGCAGCAACCAAAGAAUAUCCACCCUUGUCGACGAGUUCCUUGGACUACCAGCAGAUAGUAGUCUUCCAUAUCGAUGUUGGAUGAGAAUGAUAUAUAAGGAAUGCCAUGGAAUACUACCUUUGACCUCAAUUUUUCGGAAUUGGGCUCUACCUUUUGAAGGCUUUGGGGAGUGCAUGGCAAGCUUCGUGUAUUGUGCUUUUGGCCUUGUGGCCACCCUACCUGACUGGCAUGAUUUCGAUUGGGUGGAACAGGACCAAAGAACCGGUCAUGGCCAGACCUUUCUAGAGCUUGCAGCACAAGCCGGAGCCGUUCAUACUUGUAGGGAGCUCGUUAAGCAUGGUGCGGACGUAAAUGCCCAGACAAAAAGCCACGACGGGAGUCCACUAGCUGCCGCUAUUUCAAACGGACAAGGAAAUGUAGUUGAGUUCCUGCUUAAAGACGGAGGAGCAGAUGUGAACAUGCAAUUACCAAAUAGUGUGGGUGGAAGUGCACUGGCCAGUGCUUCAUUUCAGGGACGGGAAGAUAUGGUUAGGCUUCUUGUGAAACGAAGAGAAACUGAGGUAAAUAUGCAAUUACAGUAUGGAGGUUUUGGGAGUGCGCUAGCUGCUGCUUCAUAUGGAGGAGAACAAGAGGUUGUCAAAUUUCUUAUAGGAGGGGGAAGCGGAGGAUAUCAAGAGAUUAUCAAAUUUCUUGUCAAAGAGGGGGGAGCAGAGGUAAAUAUGCAAUUGCAGUAUGGCCUUUUCGGCAGUGCGCUGGCUACUGCUUCAUGGAGUGAACAUCGGGAGGUUGUCAAAUUUCUUAUCGAGGAGGGGGAAGCGGAGGUAAAUAUGCAAUUACAGUACGGAAGUUUUGGGAGUGCGCUAGCUGCUGCUUCAUGGCAAGGAAAUCAAGAGGUUGUCAAAUUUCUUGUCAAAGAGGGGGGAGCAGAGGUAAAUAUGCAGUUACAGCAUAGAAGAUAUGCAAAUGCCCUAGAGGCUGCGGAAGAGAUGCACAGGUUCGAGACAGCAGAGCUAUUAAUUAAGCUUGGGGCUGAACGAAAAGUGGUGGAGGAUGAAGACAAUGAUGAGUCAACCGCUGAUGAGGAGCGGGUCUCCUAUAACGAGUCAAACUCUGAUAAUGAGUAG